AUGGCAUCUCUCAGCAGCUCUAACACAGCCUUUGCCUUGGAGCUGUACCACACUCUGGGUCAGACCAACACAGGGAAUAUCUUCAUCUCCCCAUUCAGUAUCAGCUCAGCUCUGGCCAUGGUCUACCUGGGGGCUAAAAGAGACACAGCUGCUCAGAUGGCAAAGGCUCUGUCAUUCAACUUCACCAAAGACAUUCACACAGAUUUCCAGACACUCAAUGCAGAUAUCAACUCUCCCUCUGCAACUUACAUCCUGAAACUGGCCAACCGUCUGUAUGGAGAGAAGACCUGCAACUUCCUGACCGAGUUCUUAGAAUCCACCCAGAAGUUCUACUGUGCAGAUAUGAAGGCAGUAGACUUCCUCGGAGCAGCAGAGGAGACCAGAGGACAGAUCAACAGCUGGGUGGAGCAGCAGACGGAAAAUCAAAUCAAAGAUCUGCUGAAGCAAGGGACUGUCAGUGGUUUGACAAGGCUGGCUCUAGUCAAUGCCAUCUACUUCAAAGGAAACUGGUUGAACAGAUUUGACCAGAAAGACACCAAAGAGAUGACCUUCAAAAUAAACCAGAGUGAGAGCAAGCCAGUUCAGAUGAUGCACCAGAUAAAGAAGUUCCCCUUUAACUAUGUCCCAGACUAUAACCUCCAGAUCGUGGAGCUUCCCUAUGUGGAUGAGGAGCUCAGUAUGUUUGUCCUGCUGCCUGAGGAGGCCACUGAUGGAUCUGAUCCUCUCGUGAAGCUGGAGAGCGAGCUGACCAUGGAGAAACUGGACGAGUGGACCACCAGGUCCAACAUGGACACGGGCACGGACAUCAUAGUUUAUCUGCCCAAGUUCAAACUGGAGGAGGACUACGAGCUGAAUGAUCCCCUGGUCCAGAUGGGCAUGAAGGAUGUGUUCGUCGGGGGCAUGGCCGACCUGUCUGGGAUGAAUGGGAAGGGGGGGCUCUUCCUGUCUACGGUGGCCCAUAAGGCCUUUGUGGAGGUGAACGAGGAGGGGACGGAGGCUGCAGCCGCCACUGCUGGGAUGAUAGCGUUCUGUAUGUUCCGAGAGGAACACUUCACGGCUGAUCACCCCUUCCUCUUCUUCAUCAGGCACAAUAAGACCAAAAGCAUCCUCUUCCUUGGGAGGUUCUCCUCUCCUCAGUAGAAUAGUUAAAACUAGUAGAGAGGAUUUAACAUCAUUUACAACAAUUAUUUGACAGGGGCAUUUAACAUCAAUGAACAUUUCUGUAAAUGUGCCAUAUUUAGCCAGGUAGCUAGUUCCAUUAGCACUUGAUUUAAUCCACUAUAAAACCAAAUAAAGGAGAAUGUCUAAAUGA